AUGAAUUUUGUAAUUGGUAUUUCAAUUUUUGUUAAUCUGAUUAUUUAUAGCUCUGCAUAACAAGGGAAUAGUGUAGCGUGCUCUUAACCUUGUAAUUGCAGCAAUCAGAAUUGUGGAACAUUUCCUGGUUUUCUUUGGGUGCAAGGUGUGAACACUUAGUGCUCAAUAAAUGAUUGUUCAGCAGCUCCAUUUCCAUUAACUGGUCUAACAGAUAUAUUUUGCGGUUCUUGUACACCGUUUCAAAAUGCUAUUUAUGCUAACUCUGCUGGUUUUGCUUGCGUUGCUAGUACUCAAAGCUGUACUUCUACAUAAGGAUGGACAAAUUAAAAUUGCUAAUUAUGCAAUUCUGCAACACCUUAUGCAAAUGCUUCUUUGACUGGUUGUGUAAAUUGUAGUUCUACAUCUGGAUUGACAGAUUCUGUUUGUGCAAUAUGCAACCCAAGUGCUCCUUUUGCUUCUGGAGAUACUACAAGUUGUGUAAAUUCAUCUCAAUCAUGUUCCGCUAGUUCAAAUGUCAAAGAUUCUGAUUGUGCUAUCUGUUUUCCAUUAAAGCCUUAUGCAAAUAUUGCCUAAACUGCAUGUAAAUCUGUAAAAUGUCGAGGCAGAGAUCCUAAAAAUCCAGGUUGGACUGAUAGUGACUGCAAAUAAUGUUAUUCUCCAGGAUCUAAAGCAAAAAAAGAUGGUUCAGGAUGUUAUAAUUGUUUUGCUACAAGCGGGAUGACAAACGAAUUAUGCUAAGUGUGUUUCGGAACAGGAACAGGUGCUUUUCAAUAUGCAAACUCAUUAGGUACUUGUGUUUCAGUUAAUUGCUCAAAAACAAGUGGAUGGACUGACAUUGAUUGCUAAGCAUGUAAUCCAUCUACUCCUUAUUCAUCAAAAAGUGGAAGUAUUUGCUAAUCCUUCCCAAGUAACUCUCGAAUCCUAGUCUUUUCCUUUAUUUCUUUUUUAAUUUUUAUCUUUUGA